UGCUCUACUCUGUGAUUUGCAAAAUUUUUAAGUGAACAUUAAUUGUAGAGUAUUUUGUUUUUAUCGAAAGGAAAUAUAAGAUAAUUUCUAUUCGCACAAUGGCAGCGCCAAACGUAAAUGUAUCAGCAUAUUUAGCAUUGCAAAAGAGGACAACAAACAAAGAGCUUGCAUCAGAGUGGACGACUAUUGAGGUUUUGUACAAUGAGAAAUUGUGGAACGAAUUGACCAUAUUGCUGAUGCGAUUUGUGCGCCAUCCAGCUCUGCAAAAUGAGGAUACAUUGUUACAGUUGUACCAAAACUUCAUAUCUUCCUUCGAAAUGAAGAUAAACCCCUAUGGCCUAGUGGAAAUACUCGAAGUGGUGGUGGAACAUAUUUCAGAUAAAAAGGAAGCUGUCGAGUUUUUGGAUAAGUUGAAGGAUAAAGUGAAUAUAUGCGAUGAGGCUGUUUGGUACAUCCGGGUAUUGCAAGGUAACAUUUACUUGACAAAUCUUAAUGAUUUGGAUGCCACAAAGAAAAUUAUCGAGGAACUUCGUGAUGUGUUAGAAGAGGCCGGAAAUGUGACACCGGUGCAUGGAAAAUUUUACAUGCUAGCCUCACAAUACUACCGUCGUGUGGGCAAACACAGUGAUUACUACCGUUGUGGAUUGCAGUUCCUUGGUUGUUCUAUAGAUGAUUAUCCAAAAGAUCAGUGGGCGCAGCAAGCCUUUUUCCUUGGUCUGGCAGCGUUGCUAGGUGAUGGAAUUUACAAUAUUGGUGAAUUGUUAGCGCAUCCCAUUCUGGAAUCACUGAAGGGUACAGACAAUGAAUGGUUGGUAGAAUUGUUGAAAGCUUUUAAUACCGGCAAUAUCCCAAAAUUUAACGAGAUGAAAAGUAUUUGGGCGAAAAUUCCCGACUUGGCGGCACAAGAAGUUAAACUGCGUCAAAAGAUCUCACUACUUUGUUUAAUGGAAAUGACAUUCCAGCGUUCAGCCAUUCAACGUUCAAUCUCUUUUGAAGAAAUCGCAAAAGAGACAACGUUGCCUCUAAACGAAGUUGAAUUGCUGAUAAUGAAAGCGCUGGCGCAAGACUUAGUACGCGGGGAAAUAGAUCAAGUUGCUGGUGUGGUGAAUAUGUCCUGGGUGCAACCACGAGUAUUGGGACGCAAACAAAUUGCCGGCAUGGCCACAAUCUUAGAUCAAUGGAUGGCGUCUAUAACAUCAAUGGAGAAACUGAUGGAAACGCGUGCCGUUGAAAUUUUAACCAAUUAAUAAUUACUUACUUUGGAGUCUUAACUUUGAAGUGUUUUCUCUUAUUAUUAAUUUAGCUUAAAAAUAUAAAAUAAAUAGCAAUGUACUCAUGAGGUACAGCUGUUGUAAUACAUUUUGCAGAUUAAAAGUACACGAACCAACUGUAGAAAA